GUAAAACUGCGCAUGCGUGUCUCUCCGGUGCCUUCGACCUCUACAUUAGACCGGUGAGAGCUAACCUUCUCCAGCACAAAUUGUGUUUGACCGAACUAUACCAAAGUUUUAUCCGAAAUUGAAAAUACCCUCGCUGCUUUGCUUGAUCUGACCUAGACGUCCCGUCAUCGUCAUGUAUGCCUGUGCUAAGUUCGUCUCUACGCCCUCUCUGGUCCGUGCUGGAUCCCGGGCACUGUCUAGACCACUUUCAGCAGUAGUAGUGUCAGAUAGCAGGAAAGCAGAGACUGCUUCACUCCUGGCACCGCUGAGUCUUGCAGCCUCCCAGCAGCAGGUGGCAGUGCGGGGGUUCCAGACCAGCGCCGUUAGCCGUGAUAUUGACACAGCUGCAAAGUUCAUUGGAGCAGGAGCUGCCACUGUGGGUGUGGCUGGAUCUGGAGCCGGGAUCGGAACUGUGUUCGGCAGCCUUAUUAUUGGCUAUGCCAGGAACCCCUCUCUGAAGCAGCAGCUGUUCUCCUACGCCAUCCUGGGCUUCGCUCUAUCUGAAGCUAUGGGUCUCUUCUGUCUGAUGGUUGCAUUCCUCAUUCUUUUUGCUAUGUAAAUCACUUUGGCGUUUACGGUACAAGGAUACAUCAUAAUGUUAACAAGAGAUGGACAUUGGAAUUGUAGAAUGAUUUCAGCACAUUUUGUUGGUUAAACUUGUCAGUGUUUUGUGGAAGGUCGUUAAUCUGGUGACAUUAAGAAUCCCUGCUGAACAAAUCAUUUUAAAUGAAGGAUCUGAAAUACUGUAUUCAGUCAAAUGUUUUUGUUAGCAAAUAAGCAGCCAAUAUCAGAAAUAAAACAUUUACCUCUUCACA